CAGCUGGCAUACGAUACCUCAGCCCCAGCAAAAUGAAAUAUUUGGCUUUCCUUGCGGCCAUUUGUGUUACCAUUGCCACCGUCUCCGCCGGUUAUCUGGGUCUGGGAUACGGCGGCCUCGGCUAUGGUGGUCUCGGCUACGGUGGUCUCGGCUACGGUGGUCUAGGUUACGGUGGCCUUGGCUACGGAUACGGUCUCGGCUAUGGAGGCUAUGGUCUUGGAUACGGAGGAUAUGGAUUGGGCUACGGCGGGCUUGGCUACGGUGGACUUGGAUACGGUGGGGGAUUCAAGAAACUCAUCGGUUAUGGCUACGGAGGCUACUAUGGAUAACAUUGGAUGUUUUUAUUCCCUAUCCUCGCCAUGUUCCCAAUAAAUCCCAAUUCCUCUUGAGA